AUGAGCUCUAACGACCUAAGUACACCAAAAACAGAGGAAAAUACUUCUGCUGGCCAUUCUACCUCGUCCAAGUCUGCACAAGGAACUCAACGCAAAAGAAAGCUUGUAUUUGAUGAUGAUUUCUUUUGUUUAGGUGGGUCUUUUCUGCAAAAGAAGAAAGCGGGUGUGCCACACCCAAAAUCAACAACAGCGUUGAAUCAUCAGCCAUCAAACAGCCCUGAAUAUACGUCAAAGCGAGAUCCUAAUAACUUACGUAAACUUGAACUAAAUCAAUCUAAAGAUUCACACCAAAACAAAUCUAACGACAAUCAAGUAGUAUUGAAGAGUGAUAGCGUUGACGAGAUAGAGGAAAUCAUAACUAAAGUUGAGCCAACGAAAACUGAGAAGGUGUCACAUGAAUUACAACAGGAGAAAAGCCAUUUGCCGCUGUUUCAAAAACUACAUCAACAUCAACAACACCAACGGCAACGACAACUGCUGCUGCCACUGCGUGUCUCCUCAUUUGAUAAAGAACUGCUUAAACGUGAGAUAGAACUUAAACUCGAUGCCGUUAAAGAUACCAAAGAGAAGACACUAUUAGAGGACUCUGAUGAAGAAUACUACGAACCAGCAAAAACUAGCAGCACCAGUUUGUUGAGAUCUGAAACUCCACCACUGCAAACUGACCUUUAUGAUUUUGAUAUGACAAGUGAAAGAAAAAGGAAAUACAUAAUACGGGUUUCGUCUAAACUACCCGUGCCCGAAGGUUUGACUGUUCAAGUAGACCUUGGAUGCAAAGGUCUCAAAUCAUUUGACAAGAUCUUACAAUCAGCGGUAGACUUCUUCCGGAAGACGUAUGCACGUCAACUUCCGCCUAUUUUGCUACAACGAUAUAAUUAUGAAGAGAGUGCGCUAGUUUGGGUAGAGGGGAAGACGCUUAUCCAUUCAUUUUUUACUCCUCGUACACUUCGAAUACCUUUACCAGGUGGCCUGUUUAAUCCGGCACUUGAGAAAAUUGAGGACAUACCUCCCACAAUGAUGCUGGUGUUUUUGAUUCCUAAAGAAUCCAGCACUAAUUUCUUACAGGUAUACCCUGAGUUUACAACACCAACUGACAAUUUUAUCAUGAAUGAGACUGCUGCAGAAGAGCAAGUAGUAGAAGCAGAGGAAGAGGAUCUUAGUAGCGAGGAAGACGAUGUACUACAAGAUGUGCUGGAAAGUCAAAAUACUGCCACGAAUGUGAAUACAAACCCAAGUUCAAACUUAAACUUGAACUCGAACUCAAACUCAAGCUCAAACUCAAACUCAAAUAUUGCAGAUGAUGGAGUAUUUGCUAUUGGGCUUAAAGGAAAAGACAAUAAACGGAUUAUGUGCAAUGUGACACCAGCCACAAAGUUACAAAACAUUUUGUUAUUUUACUUAAAUAGUAAAGGCUUGGAUCCUAAAGGACCUGCAGCACUGCGCGCCAAAUUGAUUUUUGAUGACGAAGAGUUGGAUUUGAAACUUAGCGUUCGAGAUACAGAAUUAGAGGAAGAUUUCGAAAUCCAGGUUGUUGUUUAG